AUGGCAAGUCACGGCAUUCCCCGCGUCUCUGGGGCGUCGCUGGACAAAAGCGAGCAGGCCAAGCAGAAGGAGCGGAAGCAGAUCGACCAAUACAAAGCACUCGAGAGCGAAGUGACCGAUCGGAUCAAGGCCAGAGACUACUCAAACGCCACCUUUCAGGCAACCUCGAAGCUCUUAUCACAGAAUCCGGAGUACUACACGAUAUGGAAUCACCGGCGCCGUCUACUGCAGGACGUUUUUGCUCGAGAGCUCGCCACCGGACCUUCAGGUCCGCUGAUUGACGAGACAGAUGCUGCGGCUGCCCAGAAGGCCGGCCUGACGCUAGCCCAACAUGAGAUCGCACUCCUCGUUAAAGAAGACCUCUUAUUCCUCAUUCCGCUGCUGAAGCAGUACCCCAAAUGCUACUGGAUCUGGAACCACCGCUCGUGGCUUCUGUCGACAGCAACCCAGCACCUCCCAGUUCACAACUCGUCUGAGUUGUGGCAAGGCGAGCUUGGCCUUGUCACCAAGAUGCUGAGUCUCGACAGCCGCAACUUCCACGGCUGGGGCUAUCGCCGUCAGGUAGUCAAGGAGAUCGAACAGCUCAACGGAUCCAGCAUGGCUGAGAGCGAGUUCACUUACACAACUAAGAUGGUUGAAACGAACCUGAGCAACUUUAGCGCUUGGCAUAACCGCAGCCAACUGAUUCCACGCAUACUAUCGGACCGACAAGCCUCCAGUAAGCAGCGGCAGACAUUCUUCGACAGCGAGUUCGAGCUUAUCACUCGCGCUCUAUAUACCGACCCGUACGACCAGAGUCUAUGGUUCUACCAUCAGUACCUCAUGGCUACGCUCGACGCUUCGAACGAUCAGGCCCUGCCUAUUCUGGACCCGUGCACGAAUACGGGACGCGUAGACUACCUCGAGCGCGAGAUUGACAGCAUCAAGGAAAUGCUCGAAGGCGCUGAGGACUGCAAGUAUAUCUACCAAGCACUUCUAGAGUACUCAAGUCGGUACAUUGAGGUCGAAGCGGGUAACAAGAAAGUGAGCACUGUAGAGCUGCGGGAGUGGUUGGAUGAACUGCGGAAGCUGGACCCAUUGAGAGCCGGGAGAUGGCGCGAUUGGCAGGAGCAAUUGAAGCUCUAA